AUGGUCAUCAGGGCCGAGUCGCAGAUGGCUGACCUGGACUCGCGUUUGAGCAUGGCGCUGAGCGAGCUGGAGGUUCGGCAGCAGGCCGAGCGCACCGAGCGGGGCGCCGACCUGGUGGCGGUGCGUAGCGACCUGGACCGGCAGUGGGAGGAGCUGUCCAAGGGACUGUCGGGCGCCGUGGGGGACAUGGAGUCCCGAGCCCAAAAGGAGAAGCAGGAGGUGCUGGACGCUCUGGCGGCGGUGUGUUCGGACAUCGAAUCUUUGAGGAAACGCCAGAAGGAGUUCGAGGGGGAGAAGAUGGUGGACUGCGUCAAAGAGCUUCAGGAGCCGCUGCAGCAGGCGCUGUCGGCGCUGCGCAGCGACCUGGCGCGGAUCUCCGGGGAGGUCCUGGAGGGGCAAAGGCAGCAGGCCUGCCUGCGGGGCGCGGUGGAGCAAACCCUUAGGAACGAGCUCCAGAGGUUCGUGAUGGAAGAGCUUCAGGUGCGGCGCUUGAACGAGCUCGAGUCCCUUCAAUCCGAGGACAGCCGGCACCGCGGAGACAUCGAGGCCCUGCGCGGUCAGCAGAACGCCGCGCUGGAGGCGCUGCGGGGGGAGCAGUCGGCGCUGCGCUCGGCGCAGGAGGCGCAGGUCCAGGUGGAGCUGCAGGCCGUGCGCAAGCAGCUGAGCAACUGCAUGGAGGCCUUGUCCUCGGUUCCUUCGCAGCCCCUGCCAUCGAGCUCAGAUGACGGCGAUGAGCUGCGGGACGGCUUCUUGGAGCUGCAGGAGGAGUGUGGCCGCCUGGGCGAGAGGCUGGGCGAGGAUGUGGCGGAGCUGCGUGCGCAGCUCGCGGAAGGACUGGCGGAGGUGAGGACGGCUCAAGCCCGCCAGGGGGGAGAUUUGCAGAUCCUGCGCAGCACCUGGGACUCGCGCUGGAAGGAGAUCAAGGAGAGUCAAGAGACCCACGAGGCUGAAGAAGAGCCCAAGAGCAGCCUUGCUGUCGUGGAAGGAGGCCUCCGCCAGGAGGACCUUCAGGCGCUGCUGCAGCGCCACGAGGGCCAUGCGGCGGAGGUGCAGAGCAGGCUGGGGAUGCAGAGCCGAGAGAUCCAGGAGAUGCAGCGCCAGCUGUUGGACGUGUUGCGGGACCUGAGCGCCGUGCGGCGCCUGUCCCUGGAGGUAGAAGAUCUACGGCAGGACCGGCGGGAGCUGGUGAACAUGAUCGAGGACGAGCGCAAGCGGGACGCAGGAGAGUGGAGCAUCUUCAAGGCCUUCGGGGGCUGCAAGGCGCCCUCGGAGACGGCCCCCAGCCGGGUGGAGGACCCAGUGCAACGCCAUCCUCCUCCAGUGACGGUGGAGGACCUGGAGCUGCUGCGCUCCAAGCAGCGCCAGGAGGGCCUGGAGCUACGGAGCCAGCAGCGGAGCUUCUUCGACGAGGUUCUGCAGCAGCAGGCUGCCAACCAGCAGCAGGUCUCUAGCGACCUGGAGGCGGUGCGCAGCCACUGCAACGCAGCCAUCGCGGGCUUCCACAGCCACCAGACGAGCGCAUUGGAGGUAUUGCAAAAGCAGCAGCGCCGCAUGCAGCAGAUCCAGGGGCAGCUCAUGGGCGACGUGGGGUCCAUGAAGAGUCAGCUGGUGGAGUCCCUGCGCGCCCAGCGCGUUGCUCUCGCCGCGCCGAUGGCCAGGACUGAAGUGGCAGAAGUGACCGUGUAG